AUGUACCUUUUAAUGAGUAAAUUUUUAGUCUGGAUAAUAAUUUUUGGUAAUUUUUUUGUUGUUCAUUUUUUUUUAUGUUUUAAAAUUCCAAAUAAUAAGAUUACGAAUGUAUUAACAUAUGAUAAUUCGAAGAAGCAAAGAAUUAAUAGCAAACAUAAUACAUUUUUAUAUAAAAAUGAUACCCUAAAUAAGUUAUUAAAUAGAAAAAAAAAUAAGCAUACAUUAUUUUACAGAAGUAAAAAGGAAAAAGAUAUACAAGAAUCGGGUUAUUUGUACCCUUUUGAUCAUCUAGAAAAGAAAAAAACAAAAUUCCCCCCAGAUCCAUAUAUUCCUAGCGAAGAUGAAAAAGAAAGCUCAAUAGAUAUAUUUCAUGACAAAAUAAAUGAUGAUGAUUUAAUGAUCUAUGAAGAUGAUGAUGAUGCCAAAAAAUAUUUUGGAAAAACCACUUUUAACAAGCCUAACAUUAUUCAGAAAGAUGAAAAUUCUGAAGAUGACCAAGAUGACGAUUUAAAUGAUCAAAAUGAUGACCCUAUAAAUAACCCAACAAAUAACUUAACAGAUAACCCAACAAAUAACUCAACAGAUAACCCAACAAACAACUCAAUAGAUAACCCAACAAACAACUCAAUAGAUAACCCAACAAACAACUCAAUAGAUAACCCAACAAACAACUCAAUAGAUAACCCAACAAACAACUCAAUAGAUAACCCAACAAACAACUCAAUAGAUAACCCAACAAACAACUCAACAGAUAACCCUAUAAACAGUCCAAAUUACCAACAAGUUACACAAUCAAAUAUCAUCCUAGAAGAAGAAAACAAUACAAACAAAACAGAUAUUGAAAAGGACAUAAUAAACAUAAACUUUUAUUCAUCUGAAGAAAAAAAAAUUGCAUGUGAAAUGAUAAAAGAUCAAAUAUAUUAUCUACUUCAUUCGAGUAUGGAUAAAACGUUUAUUGAAACGUUUAAUAUAAAUAUUGAAUCCCACAUAGUUCCAAGUGAAAAAAGGAUUUGCGUAUCUUAUAAUAUGAAAAGUCAUACUUUUAAAAGAAGUAUAUCUAAUUUAUCUGACCUAAUUGAAUUCUCUAAUAAAUUAAAAUAUGUCCUAGACGAAAGAAUUCAUAAAUUAUACUAUGAAGAUAAAAAUAAUGAAAAUGCUUAUUUAAAUAAGACUUUAAGAAAAGAACUAGAAAUUGGUAAAAAAGAAAGAGAUGUUACAAACUUAUCUAAAAAAAAUUUACAAAUGAGUAUUGAAUCAUCUUUAAAAUUAAUAGAAAAGUGCAUGCAAAAUAUGUAUAAACAAAAUUAUGAAAUAACAUUACAUGAUUUAAAAUUAGCUUAUAAUAUGUUGCCAUGUAAAUACUAUGGUUUUUUCUUAUCUAAUUUAUGCUCAACCAUAUCUACAUUGUCUUAUUAUGUAAACGAUUUACAAGGUACAUUUAAUUUUGCACUAAAAUCUAUAAAAUACGAACCUAAAUAUAACGUUGCAUGGAAAUGCUUAGGUGAUGCUUAUAGAAGCUUUAGAAAAUUUUGGCAAGCUAAAAAUUUUUAUGAUAUAGCUAUAUAUUUAGGAUAUAAGGAUGAAAAAGGAGAAAGAUUUGAAGAUAUUGUUCAAGAGUUGAAUAAUUUAACAGAAAAUGCUCUGAAAAAUGUAGAUUUAUUAAAAGAACAUAUGAACAAUUCUACAAAUAUAAUAAUCAAAAAGAACAUUGGAAUUGUUUUAAAUAAAAAUCCAGAUUCAAUAGGUGGUUGUUAUGUAUCUUAUAUAAUAGAAGGAAGUAAAGCUAGUAAAAAAAAUCUUCAUCAUGGAGAUCAAAUUGUAGCAUUAAAUAAUCAUGUUACUUAUGGGAAACCAAUUGAUUUCUGUUUAAAAGCAUUCCAAAAAAAUGAUGGUACUUAUGAUAUUAUAUUUUUUAAGGGGAAUAUUAUAGAAUUGUAUGGUUUAAAGGCUUAUAAAUAUUUAAUGAAAAAUGAUUUAUUCUACGCACUCUUUGAAAAUGAACAAAUUGUAUCCUUUAAAAGGAAUGAAACUAUCUUAUUUGAUAUGAAGGGCUUUGGCACAUUUUCCGAAUAUGGAAUGUCGAAAGCGGAAUUUGUAUAG